UUUUUCCCUCUUGUGGAGUGGUGUUUUUUGUUUUGUUUUGUUUUGUUUUUUUUGGUUCUCUCCUCUAUAUGUGAGACGGAUUUUGUGAAGUAACUAAUUGCAAUUGUUGCAUGGGACGUUGCUUCUUGUGCUGUAACAGCCAGACUCGGGGAUAAGUUGAAUUGAAGAUCAAAAGAUCGCCAUUAAAUUCAACUUUUCUGGGUGCUUCAUUCGGCAUUGAAGCUUUUGGAUAAUUGGGGUGGAGCAUAAAGAUUUGGGGAGUGCAAGAGGGCGAGUUUCAACGACCACUGGAGCUAGCUUUCUGAAUUUUUGACGAAAUCUUUUUGGAAUUUCUUGCGUUCAGAGUUUAUAGUCAAGAUGGUGCUCACUCAGUCAAGAAGCAUGAAGGAUUCCAACACUCACACCAUAGACUCUAUGUUCGCUACUCGUUACGUCCAAGCCCCCCUUCCCAGAUGGAGGCUGCCGGAUAACGAAACACCCAAGGAUGCAGCCUCCCAAGUGAUAAACGAUGAGUUGAUGCUGGAUGGCAAUCCCCGUUUGAAUCUGGCGUCGUUCGUAACAACGUGGAUGGAGCCUGAGUGCGACAAGCUGAUUCAGAAAUCAUUGAACAAGAAUUAUAUCGACAUGGAUGAGUACCCCAUUACUACGGAAAUUCAGGACCGAUGCGUGAACAUGAUUGCACAUUUGUUCAAAGCCCCUCUAGACGACGGACAACCAGCGGUUGGAGCUGGCACAGUAGGGUCCUCAGAGGCCAUCAUGCUGGCAGGCCUAGCAUUCAAGCGCAAAUGGCAGCUUCAGCGAAGGGCCGCCGGAUUACCUUGUGAUAAGCCCAACAUGGUUACAGGCGCCAAUGUUCAAGUCUGCUGGGAAAAGUUUGCGAACUACUUUGAAGUAGAGAUAAGAGCUGUGAAACUCCGGGAAGAUUACUAUGUUAUGGACCCUGCAAAGGCAGUUGAGAUGUGCGAUGAGAACACGAUUUGCGUAUGUGCCAUCCUUGGGUCAACCUAUAACGGAGAGUUUGAAGAUGUUGCAACUUUAAACAAUCUUCUGGAAAAGAAAAACAAAGAAAACGGGUGGAACAUUCCUAUUCAUGUGGACGCUGCUAGUGGAGGUUUUGUUGCUCCAUUUAUGUAUCCAGAUCUUGUUUGGGACUUUAGGCUGCCGCUAGUGAAGAGCAUUAAUGUCAGUGGCCACAAGUAUGGGCUGGUAUAUGCUGGUAUUGGAUGGGUGGUAUGGCGCUCUAAAGAAGACCUCCCCGAGGAGUUGGUUUUUCAUGUCAAUUACCUGGGAGCUGACCAGCCUACCUUUACCCUCAAUUUUUCCAAAGGUGCUAGCCAUGUCAUCGCACAGUAUUACCAAUUCAUCCGGCUCGGCUUUGAGGGUUACAAGAAGAUCAACAUGAACUGCGCAGAAAAUGCCAAAUUCCUAGCAGACGGCAUAGUUGCAACUGGGAGGUUCAAGCUCCUGUCUAAGCCUGUAGGCGUGCCACUCAUCGCCUUCUCCCUGACCGAUCGCAGCAGAUUCGACGAGUACGACAUAGCUGAUGGUCUGCGCCGCUACGGGUGGACAGUCCCCGCCUACACAAUGGCUCCUGAUGCGCAGCAGAUCACUCUACUGCGUGUCGUUGUCCGAGAAGACUUCAGCCGCUCCCUUGCUGACCGCCUCAUGACAGAUUUAAAGAGAACCCUGGAGACAUUAGAUUCACAACCCCCGAAGCUGGUGCAAGCAGUUUCGGAGGCCAUUCAACUUCAGAACCCGGAGCUCGCUGAGCCUGAUCUGUCAGUUGACCAGAUUAAAGAGGCUACAACAGUCCUGUAUGGGUCAUUUAAUGAGACUGUUAAGAAGCAUGCUCAUUAUCAUCACCACAAAAAGCAGCAGAAGGCGCACCAGAAACACUCGAUCCACAAAACUAAUGCCGUUUGCUGAGCUUUCAAGUGCAAGAUGGAGCCCAUUGCUGUGCAGAUGACGUUGUGCAAGAGUGUAUGACAGUGAGAACCCACAUACUCUUUUGUAUUAUAUUGAAAAUCAGACUAGGGUCUUAGCGGUAUAGACCUGGCCUAAAUAGAAAUCCUAAAACAAUGAAAUAUAAAACUAACCUCUGUUGAUAGCUAUCAUCAGACGACGUAUUUUUUUUUAGUUGCUUUUGAAUAUAGUCAUGCUAUGUUUACCCGUGUGGUUUCUUUAUU